GCUUGUGCCUAGAGAAAAUUGUGGACUUUCAUAGAUGACUUUAGCAAUAUGUUUCUUUUCAUGUCUCUACACUUGUUCCACCAAAGUGAUCUAGUUUUGCAAUAAUUGUUGGUGAUCUUCUAUUACCAAAUAAUUUAAGUGAUGGCGGCUCUUUUUCAAAUGGGGGCAACUAAAGCCCCGAGUUAUGAUGGUUUCCGUGGACUAUUUUUUCAGAGGAAUUGGAGUACUUUAGCUCCUAGAGUUACGAGUGAGCUGACUGCCUUCCUCCAUCAAGGCUCGUUUCCGGCAGAACUGAACAAAACUCUAAUAGUGCUGAUACCAAAGGUAAAACUCCUUCCUCUCCAAAAGAUUACAUGCCAAUCAGUCUAUGUUCGGUUUAAUAUAAGAUUAUGUCAAAAGUUAUUGUGAACAGGCUGAAAGAGGUCCUUGAUGAUAUAAUUUGUGAAUCGCAGAGUGCUUUUGUGCCAGGGAGAUCAAUCAUUGAUAAUGUGAUAACUGCCUUUGAAUGCUUCUCUGCUAUGAAGAGGUGAACAAAAGGUGAAAAAGGCUUUAUGGCACUUAAACUCGACAUGGCAAAAGCCUAUGAUCCAGUUGAGUGGUUUUUUCUUAAAAAUAUAAUGAGGAAGCUAGGCUUUGAUGAUAGAUUGAUUAAUCUGACAAUGAAUUGUGUUACCACUGUCUCAUAUGUAGUUUUGGUUAAUGGCCAUAAGUCGCAAUUUUUCAAACCAAGCAGGGGCUUAAGGCAAGGAGAUCUCAUUUCCCCAUACCUCUUUCUAUUGUGCUCGGAGGGUUUGUCUGCAUUGAUUAACAAGUAUGAAAAGGAAAAGAUGAUUCAUGGUAUUAAAGUAUGUAAUAAGGCACCUAUUAUUUCACACCUUUUGGUUGCUGAUGACUGUAUCAUGUUUGCAAGGGAACAUGUGGAGGAAGGAAGAAGGAUGAGAGAUUUGUUGGAUGUAUAUGAGCAAGAAUCAGGUCAGGUGGUGAAUUUGGACAAAUCGGAAGUAUAUUAUAGUGCUAAUGUCACUGCUGAACGACGGGUGGAAAUCUGCAGAGAGCUGAAAGUUAAAGAAGUGGAUAGAUUGGCAAAGUAUUUGGGUUUGCCUACUAUGAUUGGCCGAUCAAAAAAGGUUGUUUUCAAUAGCCUGAGGGAAAGAGUUAGAAGCAAGUUAAAUAACUGGAAGAAUAGAUUCUUUUCAGAUGCAGGGAAGGAAGUUCUAAUUAAGAGUAUAGCCCAAGCGCAAGCUACGUAUGCUAUGUCUCUCUUCAAAAUACCAGAUGGUAUAAUCGACGAUCUGCACAGUCUAAUGGCAAAUUAUUGGUGGGGCAGAAGGGAUCAGAAAGAAGGAUUCACUAGAAGAGAUGGAAGAAGUUGUGCAGGAAGAAGGAAGAUGGUGGGAUGGGGUUCAGAGACCUCAGAAUUUUUAACAAGGCAAUGUUGGCUAAGCAACUUUGGAACUUACAUGUAAGGCCUUCAUCUUUGGUGGCUAGGCUGAUCAAAGCAAGAUACCAUCCAAGGUGCUCAAUAUUAGAAGCAAAGGUAGGAUGGAGGCCGAGCUACAUUUGGAGGAGUCUGAUGGGGGCACAAGACUUAUUGAAGUAUGGUUGAGAUGGAAAAUUGGCUCUUGGGAGGAGGUGAGAAUUUGGAAGGACAAAUGGAUCCCAGGACUAGAUAAUUUUCAAGUCUACUCCUACAGCCCAUUCAUGGAAUGGGAUGCUAAGGAUUCUUCUUUGAUAGAUCAGGAAUCUCGAACAUGGAGGAAGGAUUUGCUUGAAAUCAUUUUCACCCAUGAGAAGCAGCAAGCCAUUCUAGCAAUACCAUUGUCAUCUAGAAUUGAGAAAGAUGUGUUGUGUUGGUCUGGAGACGAGAGUGGGAAGUAUUCUGUGAAAUCGGGAUACCUGGUGGAAAGCAAGAGAGUGAGAGGGGGAGAUGGAAGGGAUACUAGGAGUAAUGAGGAAUCUGAUUUUGCUUGGAAGAAGCUUUGGAAGCUUAAUCUACCAGGCAAGUUGAAAACUUUUAUAUGGAAAGCCGCAAACAAUAUAUUGCCAGUUGGGGUAAGAGUAAGUAAGAAGGUGAGGUAUGCUGGUGAUGAAUGCCCAAAUUGUGGGGCUGAAGGAAACUUUGAAACACUGUUUGGUUGACUGUAGUUGGGUUGCUCGUAUAUGGGCUAAAACUCCUUUAGCUUAUCUGUUCUAUAUGGCUGAUGGGAUGGAUUGUAAAGGCUGGUUGUAUCGAGUCCUAAAGAAAGCUGCAGAACAUGAUUUAGAGAUUUUUUGUUCCCUCAUUUGGUUCUUUUGGAAGGAGAGAAACAACUUUCUCUUUAAUAAUAAGAUCUUGCAGGAAUGGGAGGUCUUCUCUAAGGCGGACAGCUACAUUCAGGACUUUCUAGAGGUGAAGGGGAAGAGCAUGACAGUUUGCAGGAGUAGGGAUAGGAGAAAUUGCAGGUGGGAGUAUAUAAAUUGAAUGCUGAUGUUGGGAUAAAUGGUAGAGAGGAAGCUGCUAUGGGUUGUGUUCUGAGAGAUUGGAAUGGGAGAGUGAUGUUUUAUGCAAAUAAGAGUGAAAAGAUCAAGUGGCCAACUACUAUAGCAGAAGGGAAGGCUAUCCUUUUUGGUCUUCAUAAAAUAUUGGAAAGGGGUUUUGGCCCUGUUGUGGUAGAGACAGAUUGCAAGAAGAUUGUGGAUAUGCUAAAGGGAGGGACAGAGUGUAGAACAGUAAUCACUAAUGUUUGUAAGGACAUCAAAGAGAUAGGAAGUAUGGUGAAUGUGAUAGGAUGGAAGUUCACUUUUAGAGAAGCAAAUGUUGUUGCUCAUUGGGUGGCUCACACUACCCCACCUUAAAGUGAAGAAUAUGUAUGGGAUGAUUGUGAAUCUGCUUUAUUAGCUGAUGUAGUUGCCAGUGAGGCCCGUGAUUGAGUUUAAAAAAAAAGAUACGUGUAAUUGAAAGAUAUAAAAAUUAUUUGUGAACAAUUAGAAAAGUAAAUUCUUAAACCUAUC